AUGGACGACCAGAUGAAUCGGCAGCUGACGGCCGAUAUCAACGAUAACGAUACACCAGAAGCACUAGCAAACGAACUAGUCGACUAUGGUUUUAUAAAUAAGGACGACCGCGAAGAAAUUGUCAAUCUGAUUGCUCACGCGCUGUUAAAGUACAAGUUAAAGCGUCAAGGUUUAUCCUGUCUCGGUUCCGAGUCAUCAUCACUUAAUGACAUCGGCAAUGUAAACUCACAAUCCUCCCUUCCAUCGAUGCCUGCAUGUUGA